ACUAAAAGCGACAAGUCAUUUUUUCAUCACCAGCAUAGCAACAUAAUAAAUAUAUAAAAAAAAAAGCACGGAAAGCGAAAAAUGGAUAAAAGCAGCACAGCGUUCCCAGUCCAGCUGUAUAUUUACGACCUGUCCAAGGGAAUGGCGCGCCAGCUCAGUCCCAUAAUGCUCGGGAAGCAGCUUGAUGGAAUUUGGCACACAUCCCUCGUGGUGUACGGAGAAGAGUUCUUCUACGGUGGUGUCGGGAUCUCCAGCUGCCCUCCGAGCGGGACGAUGCUGGGGCCGCCUGAUAAGGUGGUGGAGCUGGGGAACACUGAGGUAAACGAGGAGAUCUUCAUGGACUACCUGUCGUCGCUUGGAGAAACUACCUACAGAGGUGAGAGAUACAGGCUGUUUGAGCACAACUGCAACACCUUCUCCAACGAAGUGGCCCAGUUUCUAACAGGACGGAAAAUUCCUUCCUACAUCACGGACCUUCCGUCUGAAGUGCUAUCCACGCCGUUCGGUCAGGUCCUGAGGCCGAUCCUGGACUCCAUCCACAUUGCGCCCCCUGGUGGAAGUGUUAUUAACAGCCAAAAUAAUCACAGCUAAAUCUUAUUCAACACACACACACACACACACACACAUUGGCAGCUUGCGUUUGUGUUUAAACAGUCAUGAUGUCGUGUUGAGACUUGGGGAUCAGUUGUGUGUGUUGUUCUGCUCCACACAACACACACACACACACACACGGCUCUGAUCCUCGCCUCUCUCUCUUUCUCUCUCUCACUGCCACAGUCUAGGAUCUCAUUACUCCCCUUCUCAUCACACACACACACACACACACACACACACAGCUGCCGUUUCAUCAGGUCCACCGCCACCGAAUGUAUUUUUAUUUAUUUUAUUUUAAGUAUUGGCACCCGUGUCCACUUUUUUCCCUGAAUGUUGUGGUGACGGACCUAGAGACGUGAGCGCAGUGUGUAGACCUGAUGAUUCGGUGUCUGUGGCAUUUAGAAGAUAGAGAACUGUUCGGUACCAAUCGAAUCACUUACACCUGAGACUGCGGCACAUAUUACUGCAUCAGUCGAAACAUUUAUGUUUGUCGACUAUGAGACGAAUCACUGAAAUGAAUCAAAUCACUUUUUUGUAAUUUAUUUACAUUUGUUAACUAUGAGACGAAUCACUUAAAUCACUUAGAUUUGUUAACUAUGGAAUGAAUCUAAGUGAUUUAAUCACUUGGAUUUGAAUCACAUCACUUAUAUUUAUGACUUAUGGGACGAAUCACUCAGAUGAAUCGAAUCACUUAGAUUUGUUACUUAUGAGAUGAAUCACUUAAAUCUAUGAGACAAAUCAUUUGAAUUACUUACAAUUGUUAAGUAUGGGAAUCACUGGAAUGAAUCAAAUCGCUUGCAUUUGUUAAUUAUGAGACGAAUCAAUCAAAUCACUUAUGCUUAUUAACUAUGAGAUAAAAUCACUAAAAUGAAUCGAUUCACUUAACCUUGGGAUGAAUCACUUGAAUCAGUUGGUAAACAGUAAAAAACAAUCACUGAAAUGAAUUGAAUCGCUUGCCUUUGUUAAUUAUGGGGGCAAAUUAUUCAAAUCACUUGUAUUUGUUGACUAUCGGACGAAUCACUAAGACGAAUCGAAUCACUUACACAGUAAGUCCUCAACUUACGAAAAUCCGAGUUACGAAUUUCUGCAGAUAAAAACGGACCGCGGUUCUACAAACAUUUCGUAGAUGCAAACGAAUCGUGGAAGUAGCUCACGUAUUAUAAAAUAAAUAGAUGUUUGUUCUGUAAAGGUGUCCUGAUGGUGAAUCCAAUUUCUGAAAAUCCUCAAACAAGAUUCACAGUCCAAUACAGUGGAAAACAGCUCUGGGACAAAAUGGCGCCCUGGAAUCCCCUUGGGAUUUAAAGGUGUAGAAACGCUGUGUGAGAUUCAUUUCCUUAGGCACGGUUAUGGUUUUGGGCCACAUGAUGGCAGUGUGGGGAAAGGGGACAGAGAUUUAUUCAAGUCGAUUGGUAUACUUUACAUUGUAUAUAUCUGUAUCAAAGGCUUAUUGUGACAACAAAUGCAGCUCAGGAACGUGGUCUUGGAAGGGGACUUGUUUGUAAGUAGUGGACCACCUGUACUUGUUAACUAUGAAAUGAAUCAGUCAAAUCACUUAGAUUUGUUAACUGUUGGACGAAUCACUUAAAUGAAUCGAAUCACUUGCAUUUGUUAACUAUGGGACGACUCACUCGGCUCAUACGAAUCAGUCGAACUCAUCAAAUCCUAAUUAUUAGCAUUGAGACAAACCACUUGAAUCAAAUCACGUCUACAUCUUUUAGCUGAAUGAUGGGAAAGCCUACGUUUUUGCAUUUUGCUACACACUUGUACUUGUACCACACACAUUGAUAUGGAAGUGUGUGUGUGUGUGUGUGUGUGUGUGUGUGUGUGUGUGAGAGAGAGAGAGAGAGAGAAGACGAAUCCCUGAUUGUGGCACCAACGAUUCAGUCCUGCUGCCUUUUAAACAUUUCUGAAUGUGAUUAAGAAUUCUCACACACACAUUGUCAUAAUUCCAUUCUUAUUUUUCAAAGCAACUGGAUCGCCAUGGAGACGGCUUAGAAUUGGGGACACAGGCUCCUGCGUUAAACACAUGCGACAUAUUAAAGGUCUUAUAUCAGCUAUGUACAGUAUGUUCAGUUACAGUAUUACCUUAUCCUAUAGUCACUAACUGGGUUUUAAAUCGAGUGUUUAUUAUAACUAACUUGUUAAUGGAUAAAUCUUUAGUAACAAUGAAGCCUCUGUAGUGUUAAUAGUGUGGUUUCUAACCCUUCUCAGUGUUCCACAGUGUUAAAGCUCACUGAUUGUGGUCCAUUUACAUUUGCACAUGAUUUAGGCGAAGAGCAGCUUUUGUCACUUUAUUACCGUAUUUUAUUCAUCAGUGCAAUUUCUAUUUAUGAACAAUAAUAUAAUAAAAAUGAUGCAUUAUGUUGCCAUAUACAGUAUAUUUAUUUGAUGUUAUGAUUUAUGCAUUGUGUUGCAGGUGUUGUAAAUCUUGCAGUUUAAUAUUUAACAUAUUAUUAGUAUUAUUACAUUAUACAAUUGUAUUUAUCUCAAUAAAGAAAAUCAGCUGUGAUCA